AUGGCGGAACCAGCGACCAAGAAGAGGCGGUUGAGUCCAAAUGGCAAAGGCGGCGCAUCCGUACCGGGCUUCGCGAAUUGGGACUUGGAACAGGACUACGAGAACCGACAGGCCCGCAAGAAAAAGAAGGAAAAGAAGCAGGACAAGCUGAUGAUCAAGACUGCCGAGGGUCGAGUUGUCGAGAAUCCUAGAGUAGAGGAGCAGAAAGAGCAAGAGGAUGGAGAAGACGACGAGGACAGGUUCAUGGCCAGCGAUGAUGGAGAAGAUGGCGACAGCGGUGUCGCAGACCUGCAUCCCAGCCAGACACCGCAGAAGCCCCAGAUACCGGCGAAAGAGCAGAUCAGACAGGCGAUGGAAGACCUGGCGCGGAUAGCGCAGUCUUUGAGCGAGAAUCCGGAGGAUCACAUCGGACAACUCGGGACCUUGGCGGAUAUUGCAAACUCGCAGAAUGCUACAGUCAAGCAAUUGGCGUUGAAGACGCAACUGUCGGUAUUCAAAGACAUCAUACCUGGAUAUCGGAUAAGGCCGCUUUCGGAGGCAGACUUGACAGGGAAGGUAUCCAAAGACGUGAAGAAACUGCGAACUUUUGAGCAAGGAUUGUUGAGUGGAUACAAGACAUAUCAGUCAAACCUGUCCAGUCUUGCCGUCUUGAAGCCAAACGCGAAAGAUCCGAAAGCUGCGAAGGCUGUGGCGAGUGUUGCUAUAUUCUGCGCAUGCGAGCUGUUGAUCAAUAUACCGCACUUCAACAACCGAGGCGACUUGAUAGGAAUUCUGGUACGGAAAUUGGCGAGUCGACACGUUGACGCAGACUUCGUCAAGUGUAGAGAAUCGAUCGAGCAGCUUUUCCGGGACGACGAAGAAGGACAUGCCUCGCUAGACGUAGUGACCCAGUUGACGAAAAUGAUGAAAGGGAAGAAGUACGCUAUUCACGAGAGCGUUCUGAACACCUUUCUGCAUCUGAGAUUGCUCAGUGAGUUCGCUCACAAGGCUGCGCCCAACCGAGUGGACAAAGACGAGCCAGAGCAGACGAACGGGGCCAAGAAGCAGAAGCAGAAGAGGGAGUUCAGGACGAAGAAGGAGCGCAAGUUGCUGCGCGAACGAAAAGAGGUUGAGAAAGAAAUGAAGGUGGCAGAUGCUGCUGUGUCAUACGAAGAGCGCGACAAGAACCAAGCCGAGACAUUGAAGCUGGUAUUCGUCGCGUACUUCCGGAUUCUGAAGGAGAGAAUACAGCACCUUAUGGGAGCAGUCUUGGAAGGCUUGGCCAAAUACAGCCAUCUGAUCAACCAGGACUUCUUCGGAGAUGUUCUGGAAGCACUGAAGGAUCUCAUCAAUGAAGCCGAAGCUGCUUUGCAACCUGAUGAAGACGAAACGGAGGACGAAAUAGAUGUCGAACAGGCAAUGCAGCGGAAUGCGACUAGAGAAUCGCUGCUCUGCAUCAUCACCGCUUUCGCGCUCCUCCAAGGUCAGAUUGAUGUUGUCAAAUCAGCGAACGCACUCAGUCUGGACCUGUCGUUCUUCAUUCGACACCUCUAUCGCACGCUGAUCCCGCUUUCAAUGGACCAGGAUAUCGAACUUAGCGCCAAGACAACACAUCUGGACGAUCCAAAUGGCCUCCAGGUUCCAUCCACCACGUCAAAGGACACGAAAGUCAACGUCGCCACAACGACUGUUCUCCUCCUUCGAUCCCUGCAAAGUGUCCUGUUGCCCCCGACAAACACCAAGUCCGUCCCGCCUGUCCGCGUCGCGGCCUUCGUCAAGCAACUCGAGACACUCGCUCUGCAACUGCCACAAAAGUCUGCCAUCGCUGUUCUGGAAUUGCUGCGGUCAGUGACCAAGACGCAUAGUAGCAGAGUUGCCGCACUAUGGCACACCGAAGAACGGAAAGGCGACGGCGUUUUCGAUCCACUGAGCCAGGAAGCCGAGCAGAGUAAUCCUUUCGCGAGCACGGUCUGGGAAGGAGAGUUAUUGCGCUUGCAUUGGGAUCCGAAAGUGAGAGACGCUGUAAAGGGUAUCGAAGGCAAUGUAAAGCAGGGUAGGUAG